AUGCCUGCUGUCGUUUAUUCCUAUGACCGCCCCUCCUAUCCGGGCCCCGUCCUCGCAGCAGUCGCUCAUCCGCCCCCCCGCAGCUCGACCCCCGUCAGUUCUUACACAUCACUCGACCACGCGCUGGACCCGCCAGACGCGCGCGAGUCCCUCCGCCCUGUCCACCAACCACCACCAUCUCAUCCGGACCAGCCACCGUCCGCCCAGAUGACGUCCGACAGCCGCUACGCGUAUCCGCCCCCGCCCGACGCUGCGCCUCCGUACGGGUACGCCCCUUAUCCGCCGCCCUACGCCCAUGGCCAGUAUGCACAGGACAUGUCCCGUGCCUCAGCCCGCCCGGCGUCGUCCUCAGGCCAGCCUGCCCACCCACCGCCGCCCCACGCACCCCCACCCUAUCAUGGGCCGCCUGGCUACCCAGCCCACCCACCGUACGGCCCGCCCUCAUACGGAGUCGCCCCGGCACCCCCGGGCCCUUGGACGGGUGAGGGCUGGUAUCAUUAUACUCAUUACUCUCCGCCUCAUCCUCCAGGCCAAGAACACCCUUACAGCUCUAAUGGCUCAAGGCCCGACCCGCCUGCAGAGGAACACCGGCCGUAUCCACCCCCUCCCCCGCGAGGAGAGGAGCGGCCGCCCCGCCCGGCUGAAGCGCCGCCUCAAUCUAAAGUACGUAACGGACGAGAGAGCGAGCCCCCGGCGCCAGGGCCGUCGCGGUCGUCGCCGCCACUGGGCAUGGACUUUGGCAAGUUGAUCGAACAGUAUGGCAUCCUCCUCGAAACCACUGCCUCCCUCACGCAUCCAGGCAACUCUCCGCGACUGAGCAUCCCGCAGGAGACCAUGGAGCGCAUGAUGCAGGCUGCUGCGUUUGGCAUGCAGACGUUAGAGUCUGCAAGCAGGCGCGCAGCCCCUGGUGAGCCCCCACGCCCGCCGCCGACGAGCGAGAACACCCAGGAGGAGGCCCAGGAUGAUGGAGGCGACGCCAAGGCGCGACAGCCCGCUUCGUCUGGCGAAAAUGGAGAAGGUCAGACAUGUCUCGGGUGCAAUGCCACCUCCACUCCAGAGUGGCGGAGAGGGCCUAUGGGUCCUCGAACAUUAUGCAAUGCAUGCGGUUUGGUCUAUGCGAAACUUAUAAAGAAGCGCAACCGGGAUCCAAAUCGCGGACGCGGUGCCUACCUCAAUCCUCCACCCGGUGCCCAAAAUGCCACCACCUUUGUGGACGAGCACGCCCACUCUAGUGGUGGAAGCGACGACGAAGACUCGUAUGGGUCGCAGGGCCGUCGGAGCGACGGCGGAUACCACGGCGGACGGGACUGA